UAUAUAAACCCCGCCAAAUCAUCACAUCGAUCAAGCAGGUCCACUGCAGCAAGGGAACCUAGCAGGCAGGAACUGAUCCAAGCUGUGAUCCGGCAUGGCGAGCUCAGCGGCGAUGUCGAGGGUCCUGCUGACCCUCGGGCUGGCAAUCCUCUGCGCCGCCGGCCUGGCAGCCGCGCAGAACGUGGGCAGCGUCGUCACCGACUCCUUCUUCAACGGCAUCAAGAACCAGGCCGGGGGCGGGUGCGAGGGCAAGGACUUCUACACGCGGAGCGCGUUCCUGAGCGCCGUCAACUCGUACUCGGGCUUCGCACACGGCGGCUCCGAGACCCAGGGCAAGCGCGAGAUCGCUGCCUUCUUCGCGCACGUCACGCACGAGACCGGAUCUUUCUGCUACAUCAGCGAGAUCAAGAAGGACGACAGCUACUGCAACGCGAGCAAGCCGGAGUGGCCGUGCGCGGCGGGGAAGAAGUACUACGGGCGCGGCCCGCUGCAGAUCUCGUGGAACGACAACUACGGGCCCGCCGGGAGGGACAUCGGCUUCGACGGGCUGGGGAACCCGGACGCGGUGGCGCAGGACCCCGUGAUCGCGUUCAAGACGGCGCUCUGGUUCUGGAUGAACAACGUGCACGGGGUGAUCUCCCAGGGGUUCGGCGCCACCACCAGGGCUAUCAACGGCGACCGCGAGUGCGACGGCAAGAACCCCGACAAGAUGAACGCGAGGGUGGGCUACUACAAGCAGUACUGCCAGCAGCUCGGCGUCGACCCCGGGAGCAACCUUACCUGCUAGAGCUGCUGCUUGGUUUCAUGGUCAUCAUGGAUGCCUGCUUUGCUCGUGAAGAGUGAAGGAUCCUCGGCGUCGCAUACAUGAAAUGGCACCGGGAGUGAAACCCAGAGUUUAUGCACUAGUAGUUGCAAAAAAAAAACACGGGUCGGCUUGUGUAAUUCGACCUAAUAAUAAUAAAAAAGAAGCACUGCGCGGCGAGCAGUUGGCAAGUAUCUAUGGUUCCAGCGUGCAUUGCUAGUGUUUUGUAAGCGUAACGUUCGGAGCAGAGAUAAUCACUGAAAGUAUCUUAUUAUUAA